GCUGGAACAAGUCGUUCCUACGCCGAGUUCAGCCCGCGGUGUUGUUCGCUACUACGCAUUUACACCCCUCGUGCAUAUUAUCUCUGUUCCAUGCGUUGUUCGCAAAUAUGCCGUAUGCAGGAUAGAUGUUAUAACAGUGCGAAGCAAGAGUAAAAUCAGACUGUAUCGCCAGUGGAAAGUACAGUGGGUGCCUAUCGUUGUGCUCGAGUCUGCAUUUCGCCGUUCCGACGAUAUAGGUAUAGUAUAUCAUACCUGCUUACCGUGAUAUAUACCGGCCUGCCUAAAUUUACCCAUCACCAUUGACUCGACAGCUGCCCCGUGAAAAUGUUACGCUCCUUGUCGUCUAGAGGAAAUUUUGACACGAGGCACAGCUUGAAGCGCAUAAGCGAUUUCGUUAUCAAAUAAUACGACAACGAAUUUCUCGUCGCACCCUUGCUGCUGCAGAGCGAUCCCAUAAUUAAACGGGAUCUCGAUAAUUCUUCGACGAUACAACUCUGCCGGAAAAUUUACAAAGCCGAACGAUUAAACACGACAAAUAAACAAGUCACGAGAGAGGUAAAGGACAGAGCGGUUGAAAUUUGUGACCGCAGAAGAGAAAGCGCCUAAAGCAUGCGGUACACAGCGCCGAAACGAAGCAGCUACCCUCGGCAAGAGUAAACGAAUGUAGUUACGAAAAUUGGCUUAGCUUAAUUCAAAAUGUCUUUCUUCGGCUGGGGUAAGAGCGGCGGUGAAGCAGGCGGCGGCGGUGGCGACAAUUCGGGUGCCGAACAACCAGGACGCAAUCUGCAGGAUGGACUUUUCCAGAUCGCCUCUCAGGCCUGCCACAUCCUGGUUCAAGUCAACAAUACGCACAACGUCUCAUACGGAGGGAGCAACAACGUCACCAAUGUCGCUUACUCGAAACAUUCAACGGCCGGAAGUUCGACCACUUUGGCAUCGUCUUCUUCGGCUGCUGGCGGUUCUUCCACGAGCAGAUCGUUCCCUGGGCAACCAGUGCCCCGAAGCAAGGAUCAGGACGUCGUCGUCCUGCUGCCUCAGCACAAGAGCAGGACCCCGAGGAUCAGGCACAAAUUAUCGACGGUGUCGGAAAAUGCAAGACUGGACGUAAACUCCCCGAGCGGGGCUGAUGAUGACCUUGAAAUGUGGGAUCAGUCCGGAUUCAUGCUGAGGGGUGAUGCCGACGAUCCGUUAACGAACUCCAAAUGGGGAGCUCAAGGGUGGUGCAGACCCAGCUGCAUUCCUAUCACUGUCAUCCUGAUACUUAUCGUGCUCGUAGUCCUGCUUCCCCUGCUGGACCACGCAGGGGACAAACACUCAUCGAACUCGACAUUCGGGAACGACUCGGGAGCGACUUGUAUGGACAGUUGUAAGAUCAAUUUGGUGGAAUCAAUUCCGAUCGGAAUGGUUUAUCCCAACAACUCAGUCCAGCAUCCGAGCACGUACAAUUCGUGGAUGGAGUUGAUCGCGUCCGCGCAAUCAUCGAUAGAAAUCGCAGCAAUGUACUGGACCAUGACAAGGCAGGAAGUUUAUCCCGACGAUAGUGCCAAAGAGGGUGAAGACGUAUUCGAGGCCUUAUUGGAGGCUGGGAGGGAUCGAGGAGUGCGGUUAAGAUUCGCGCAGAAUAUUCCCUCGCAAAAGUUCCCCAAUGAGGAUACAGAGUAUCUGGCGAAGAAGGCCAAUGCCCAGGUGAGAAGUUUAGACUUUCCGAGACUUUUGAGAGCUGGAGUUCUGCACACGAAAUUGUGGAUAAUCGAUCGCGUUCACAUCUACGUUGGAUCCGCAAAUAUGGACUGGCGUUCGUUGACCCAAGUCAAAGAAUUGGGACUGGUCGCUAUGAACUGCUCUUGUCUGGCUAACGACAUAGCAAAAAUAUUCGACGUGUACUGGAAAGUUUCCGAAGACGGUAAAAUUCCUGCGGUCUGGCCAGAAUCCUUGACUACAAAAACAAACGUCAGCAAUCCUAUGAACUUCACCUUGGGGGGAAAUAAGUACAAGGCAUUCAUUGCGAGCUCACCACCACCGAUGUCACCUCGAGGAAGAACAAAUGAUUUAGAUGCAAUUCUGCACUGCAUCGAUAAGGCUGAAAAGUUUAUUUACAUAUCGGUAAUGGAUUUUUUCCCGCUGACUCUUUACACGCCUAAAAUGAAAUACUGGCCAAUUAUUGACGACGCUUUGCGGUCAGCUGCAAUCGAGCACAAGGUCCACGUCAAACUGCUCAUAUCCAGGUGGAAACAUUCACCACCAUCCGCCGAUUAUUUCCUCAAUUCGUUAACAGUUCUUACGAACAGUUACAGAAAUGUCAAAAUCGAAGCAAAGAGAUUUAUCGUCCCGACAAACCCUGAUUUUAAUAAAAUACCGGACACCAGAGUUAACCACAACAAAUACAUGGUUACGGAUAUCGCCGCUUACAUUGGCACAAGCAACUGGUCCGGAGAUUAUUUCAUUUCCACCGCAGGGAUAGGGAUGGUCUUCGAGGACGUUGGUAACAAGAAUGAGGAAAGCAUACGACAACAGCUGGAAGAGAUAUUUCACAGAGAUUGGAAUUCCCGAUUCGCUCAUCCCUUGAACAAGACUUGUGUCGAUAUCUAGACGGCGCAACAAUACAUCGUGUCGGACGAUUAAAUUACUAAUUUGACGUAUGACAACCGGUUUCGGCAAUUCUAUCCGUAAGAUUUAAAUCUGGGUGAAACAUUAGCAUAUCCAACAACGUGUGCAAGACAUCGCGUCUCCCGAUAUUCAAUUGAUCUAAUAUAGACGAAUUUUUACGGGGUCCCCGCGUUUUCAGGUCGGUAAAUACGCCUCCGGCCAUUUCCAGAUGGACUCCUGGGUGUAGUCGAGUGUGUGUGAGUGUGUGUGUGUGCGUGAUAAACUUUUUGUCCAACGAUGUGACGAGAAUGAAAGAAUGGAUUUCAGAGAGUCUCGGUGUUAAUCGACGACAAUCUUCUUAAUUUAGAAGUGAUCGUAUCUUAAAUCCGAUCGAUCCAGUAAUUUUCCACUUGUUCAGGUAGCAGAAUAGAAAAAAAAAUAUUUCAUUUGUUAACUUUCGCCGACCUUAAAACACAUCCGAAUGAGAAGAUCGUAGUCUGGCCGGUCAAGACCAGGGACAUUAAACAGUCGUUUAUACUCUUUGUACAUCCAACCACUGUAUUUCGCCUAAUUAUUAUGAGACCGGUUUCGAAGUGAUUACCGAAUUUCAGACUGUAGCAUCGCAUCGGUAGAACCAUAAAAUCGUCGACCAGGUGGACGCAACGUGAUAAUUUAGGCAUCAUUUAAUGCACAAGUAAUACUCUUAACUUAAUGUAACAAUACGAAAAAUAAUUUGUUACCGAUCACAGUAGGUGAUCUAGUA